AUGUUUAGGCGAAGAUCCUCUCGCAAGUCCCAUAAGCGCAGAAGAUACUCUCUCUCUCGAUCUACAAGAGCAGAGCUUCAGUUUCCCGUGAGUAGGGUGGACCGUCUCCUGAGGGAAGGAAACUAUGCUCAGCGUGUGAGUUCAUCUGCACCUGUUUUUCUCGCUGGUGUUCUCGAGUACUUGACGUCUAAUAUCCUAGAGCUGGCAGGCAUUGAGGCCCAAAACAACCGCAGGAUCCGCAUCACCCCCGAACAUUUGGAGAGGGCGGUGGACGGCAACCCACAGCUCAACCGCCUCUUGGAUGAUGUCGUCAUGUUAAACGUUGAUGAAACACGCCAAUCACGGAAGAAUUAA